ACUACCACCGUCCACUGUCCACUAGAGCCGACUUCCAGCUUCCUUCUUCUUUGGUGACCCUUGCUGCCGCUCUCGCCUUUUUUUUCUCUUCCAUUCUUUCUUAUCAUUUACAAAAUGCCACGAUUGGUUCUUCUCUUUGGUCUGCUUUUCAAUCUUUCUUUUUAAACAGAUCGUCAUGUUUACUAUUGUCUCUCGUUGUUGUUGUCAAGUUAGAUAUUUAGAUUAAUUAUCUACUCCGGGUUUACUCGUUACCAACGCGCACGAACACGAUCAAACCCCUUGCCGUAUCCGGUUUGACGACCGUAUACUUAGAUAUCUAGAUAUCUCUCCACCGUUGCGAACAAGGCAAUUCAGCCCGAGUCGACUUGAUAGAAACUAUCAAUUGAUAAUCAUAGACCUGUUCACCAGAAUAAUAUUCGUUUGCGAUAAAGCCGGAAGAGGGAAAGCGUAUUAGAAAUAUCAAAAUAUUGUUGUUGUCCGUUGUCCGCUACAUAGACAAACAGAUACCCGAGCCGAAUAGAUGAACAAUUGGGACGACGUCAUGGCGUCUUCGUACGCCCUACCGCAACCUCCGUUACCACACAACCACAGUCAUUCGCAUUCACACUCACACUCGCACUCCCAUUCGCCCCCGUCCUUCGGUCACUCAAGAUCGACCCGUUCCUUACAAAGUUACCCUCAGGGCCAGAUACCCAGCUUCACCUAUGACCACGAUCAUGACCAUGAUCAUAACCAUGAUCACGACCAUGACCACGACCACGAACAUGAUCAUAUCGACCAUAACACCCAGGCGCAAGCCCGACAAAACUUGACACAAUAUCGGGCAAAUUCGUUUCUACCUCUACAAAGACGAGAAAACCGACCAUCGCCCCUAAGACAGAACACCGAGGAAUUGCCUAGUCCGCAGAAACCCGACACAAGAGAUGCACCGAAGGCACCAGACUUUGAGGGUUCUGCUACCGCUAUGCAUGACGGUCACGUACAUGGCAACGAUGGCCAUAACCAUUCACAUAAAGCGACCUCUUCGAAAUUUACAGCAUUUAUGCUUCCCUAUACUGCGAAAUGGCCUCUAAUCCAUGCUAUCAUGACGGAGAAGGACUCGCGCCGUAUAUUUUAUUUCAUGGGGGUCAAUUUUUCCUUUAUGGCAGUCCAGGCCUUUUACGGCUAUGUGACCGAUUCAUUAGGCCUCCUUAGCGAUAGUAUACAUAUGUUCUUUGAUUGUGUGGCUUUAGCUGUGGGCCUCUUCGCAUCGGUUAUGAGUAAAUGGCCGCCAAGCGAAAGAUUCCCCUAUGGCUUCGGAAAGAUUGAGACACUAAGUGGAUUCGCGAAUGGUAUCUUCUUAGUGCUCAUCAGUCUUGAAAUCAUGUUUGAGGGGUUUGAAAGAUUAUUAGAGGGACGAGAAACCAAAAGACUCCGAGAGCUUUUUAUCGUCAGUACCCUAGGGCUGGUGGUGAAUCUCUUAGGAAUUUUCGCUUUCGGUUCUCACGGCCACCACCAUGGUCAUAGUCAUGGCCAUGACCACUCGCAUGGCCACGGACACACUCAUGAUCACAGCCAUGAACAUGCGAAAGACCAUGGUCAUGAUUGCGAUUCGCACCACGAUCAUGACCAUGGGCAUAGUCACGGCCAUGCCCAUUCUCACCACGACCACGGCAACGAAAAUAUGCACGGAAUUUAUUUGCAUAUCCUUGCAGAUACCCUAGGAAGUGCUUCGGUUAUCGUGUCAACGGUGUUGACCUACAUCUUCCCAUGGGCUGGCUGGGAUCCACUGGCCUCCUUUUUAAUUGCAUACCUAAUCCUCAUCACAGCGAUACCUCUAGUAAAAUCGUCAGCAGAGAGAUUGCUAUUAACUAUUCCAGCAGACACGGAAUAUAAUCUUCGUAAUACGCUAUCCGAGAUCACAAGCCAGCGAGGGGUUGCUUCGUACUCAGUGCCUAAGUUCUGGGUAGACGACAGCGCCGGUAGCGGGACCGGGGGUAAACUCUUAGGCGUGAUUCACGUUGCUGCGAUUCGAGGUGCGGACUUGGAGGAGGUUCGGGAUAGGGUCCAGAACUAUUUGGGCAAACAUGGGAUCGAGCUCACUGUACAGAUAGAAAGAGAAGGUGACACGACAUGUUGGUGCGGGAUGGGUCGGCUUAAUGCAGUUACAGCCAAGGGGCUAGGCGGGUAUUGAGACGAAGAAUUGGAUGAAUUAGCUUCGUCGAUUUCAUUAGAAUCCCCUCGAGCUAGGUAGUAUUGGAAGAAAGAAGCAUCGCGGGCGAGCAAAUCCUUAUCAGAAAGGCUACGAGGCUUUGCAAUACUCGAAAAACAAUGGUGUUUUAAUUGGACAAGGUGCUAGGUAUGUAUCGGUUGGAGAAACAUGGUGGAUGGGGAUGUCGAAUAAAGGCGGUACGGUGGAAGAUGAGCAACGGACUAUACCCAUGAUAUACAUAUUUCGAAGUUCUGUAUAUACCUUUCGGAUAAGAAAACGUAUAUGGCGUAUCGAAGUGAAUCCAGUAAAAAUUAACCACUU